AUGUCCGACGCAGAUACACGUUCCAUGCGGCUCGUCCCUUCCUUCGCCCCGUCCGUCUCUCAAUCUCGCGAAGUUGUGUCGGAGUUCCGAACGGGUUUCGAAGGCACACUUCCUCCCCUUCCUGACGACAUUAUUGAGGCUAUCAUUGAGUACGCUGGCUACUAUAAUUAUUUUGCCACCCCUCCCCUUCCCCCCCCCCCCUUCCCCCUCCUCCCUUCCCCCCCCCCUUCCCCCCCCUUCCCCCUCCUCCCUUCCCCCCCCUUCCCCCUCCUCAUCCCCACCCCUUCCCUCCCCACCCACCCACCCCCUCCCUUCCUUGUUUUCGGAAUGUCAGAUGGAGCAGUUAUCCCCAAGACCAAAACACCUACAACAACUCGUGGACAUUCGCUGAGCUCGCAAGAAUGA